UGUAUCCGAUUGUUGCGGACAGAGCUUGCCAGCCGCUAACAGAAUGCAGCUGAGUUCAGUCUGUCUUUGGUGCUCACCGGCUGCGCGUGGUAAAUAAGCUAAAGGUUGUACUAUCCACAGCAUUGCAAAGCUUCUGCUAUAAACAAACACUCCACUCAACGUCGGCGUCGCUGUUGUCGUCAUCGUCACUUGCCAUCGGUAUCGCUAUCGUGCUUGUUGUUGUUCCUCUUCAAAUCUGUUUGUGAGAACGAGUACGGGUGUGCGUGUCCGUGUGGGUUUAUUUGUGUGUGCGCACUUUAUUUGCUGCUCCAGCUCCACUGUGUGUCCUCAUUGUGCUCUCGUGCAAAUGAAAAUUUCAUUGAGCAGAAAGUCACAGCAAAGAAGUGGGAAAUACUAACAAAAAAUAAUAAAAACAAAAAUCAAGAAAAACUUCACCGAAAUACAGUAAAAUAAUUAAAAAUCGUUUCAAGUGAAAUUAGAAGCUGAAGAGAAGAAAAUAUUAAAACACAAACACAACGCAUCAAUUAAAUUUCUGUGGUCCAAGCAGCAGCAGCAAAAACAGCAGCAGCUCAGCCAAAAACGAACAACUGAAAACACAACUAACUAUUGGGCAGGAAGUUGAAAUCAACGCGACAACAAACAAGCAAACAAUCAACCGUUUGCAAUCAUUUAGGUUCAAUAAACGCAGCAGCGUAAAAUUAAUUAUACAGAAGCACUCUCUUACGAGUUGUAUAUAGAAAGAAUACCAGCAACAACAAACAAAAACCAACAAAACAAAAUGCAGUGCGGCCUGGAGCAAAUGAAUGAUUGUGAGCGUUCACCAAAUCGAACAAAUCUACGCGUCAAUUUCAAUGAGAAGGGCGCCGAAGUUAAGGAGCGACGCGAAAAGUUCCUCACAGCCAAAUACGGUUCACAUCAGAUGAGUUUAAUUAGAAAGCGCUUGGCUGUCGAAAUGUGGCUGUAUGAUGAACUACAGAAGCUCUUUGAUCCACCGAGCGAGGCAAUCGAUGUAGACAUCGAUGAGAUCCUGGACAUGGAUACGGAUGACAUAAGAAGAUCUCAUCUGAUUAGAUUAUUGUCAGUCUGCAAGCGCCCGCAAUCGGACAUAUCGAAGUUUAUUAGUGAUCUCUUGGAUCGCGCAAAAACACUGUAAAUUCACAGCGCUGUGGUUUUAAAAAAGCAAACGUAAUUGAAAUAAAUGAAAUGAACUAAAUGAGAAUUGCAAAAAAUUAAUUAAUUUUUAAGUUUAGCUGCUUUAAGACGCAGAACAAAGAAUAACACAAGAUAUCGACUUUAAUUUAACAAUCAUGAUAAUUUGUUUAGUUUCACGUUUAGUUGAAGUUAAGCUUUAAUUUUUAUGGCGCUAACUAAAUUCACAAACAUUUUAUGUAACAAUUUAAGUCUUACUUUAAUUUAAAUUACUUAAAUAUUAUACUAUUUGUAGCCAUAAGCUCAUAUAUAAAACACGGAAAGAGAAAAUUGAAAUUGAAAUGAAUUCAUCAAUUUUGUGAUGAUAUUUUUAAAUACAA